AUGAUGGACUUUGGCUACCCUCAAUAUACAGAAGCCAAGAUUCUUAGUGAAUUUAUCAAGACUGAUGCUUAUAGGAUGGAAGUCACGCAGCGGCCUCCGAUGGCUGUAACAAAUGCAGUCUCUUGGCGCAGUGAGGGGAUACUUUACAAGAAAAAUGAAGUAUUCCUUGAUGUGGUGGAAAGCGUUAAUAUACUAGUCAACAGCAAUGGACAAAUAAUUCAUUCAGAUGUUAUUGGGGCACUGAAGAUGAGAACAUAUUUGAGUGGCAUGCCCGAGUCAAUUGAUCUGGAUGAUAUCAAAUUUCACCAGUGUGUACGUUUGGCUCGCUUUGAAAAUGACCGCACAAUAUCUUUCAUACCCCCUGAUGGAUCAUUUGAUCUGAUGACAUAUAGACUCAGUACUCAGGUGAAACCACUCAUUUGGGCGGAAGCUCAAGUUGAGAGGCAUUCAAAAAGUCGGGUUGAGAUCUUGGUGAAAGCCUGA